AUGAGCCUCGCGACGGUAACGCCUGUCGCCACGCCGCAACUAUUAACGAGCGCAUUGAUAUACAUACACGAUCGCGAGCAUAAGCGUAUUAAAUGCCGCGCGUUAUUAGAUACGUGCGCGACGGCGAAUUUCAUCUCAGAGUCCAUUGUAAAACGAUUGAAGCUGUCGGUGAUCAAACAUUCAUUGCCCAUUGGCGCGAUUGGUACCUUGAAAACGGAAUCGAGAGGCGUAAUACAAAUAACCAUACAAUCAAUGCGCGAUGAAUUUCGUAAAAACUUGAUAUGUUUGACGAUACCGACUAUCGCCGAUUCAAUCCCGGCUGAAGUAUUUCCGCGCGGAUCAGUCAAAAUACCGGCAAACAUUAAGUUAGCAGACCCGGAAUUUCAUCUACCGCGUGCCGUCGAUUUAUUAAUCGGUUCAGGGGCAACGUUGUCGUUGUUUUCCGUCGGACAAAUCAAUCUGACACGCGAAGGAUGCGAUUUAUAUUUGCAAAAAACGCGAUUAGGUUGGAUCGUAGCCGGCGGCGUACCAUUACAAGAUUCGUCAAAAAACGCGUGCCAUCUAUCGAAUCUUGAAUCACAAAUAGCCAAAUUUUGGGAGAUUGAAGAAAUCCCCAUGGAUAAACCCAAGGCGAGAGAGGAUGUCGAAUGCGAAUCGCAUUUUGUAAGAACCACGACGCGCGACGAGGACGGGCGGUAUACGGUUCGUUUACUGUUUCGCGACACAGACAAACGCCUUGGCGAAUCGCGGACAGGCGCGCUCAGACGUUUACUAGCAUUAGAACGCAAAUUCGACAUGAACGCAGUAUUAAAACGCGAAUAUUCUAAGGUAAUAGAUGAAUAUUUAAACUUAGGGCACAUGUCGUUGAUAGAGAAUCCCGACGAUGACGGAUAUUACAUGCCGCAUCACGCGGUGAUUAAAGAAUCAAGCAAUACCACUAAGGUUCGAGUGGUAUUCGACGCAUCAGCCGAAUCAAGUAAUGGCGUAUCCUUAAAUGACAUGUUAAUGAUAGGGCCCACCGUUCAAGAUAAAUUAUUUUCCCACGUAAUCCGAUUUCGCACAUACAAAUACGUCAUUACCGCGGACAUCGAAAAAAUGUAUCGGCAGGUACGAUUGCACGCGGAUGAUCAACGGUAUCAGCGAAUUCUUUGGCGCAGAGCCGGGAAAAUCGAAACUUAUCAGCUCAACACUUUAACAUUCGGUGUUUCUUCCUCAUCCUUUCUGGCGAUCCGUGUAAUGCAACAGCUCGCGGACGACGAACGCCAAAAUUGUCCAAAGGCCGCCGAGAUUCUUGCUAAUGAUUUGUACGUGGACGAUUUAUUAACCGGCGCCGAUACAAUCGACGAAACUCGCGCGAUUAGAGACGAAUUGAUCGCAUUACUAGUUCGUGGCGGUUUUACCAUCCGGCAAUGGGCAUCCAAUGACGAACGCGUUGUUAAGGAUUUGAAACUCGACGAACUGCACGCGAGCUUCGCGUUGAAUACGGAUCGAUCUCUGAAAACGUUAGGAAUAGCAUGGGACGCUCACGACGACAAAAUAUAUUAUUCGGCGCGUCCGAUCAAAACCACGGAAAGAUGGACGAAGCGAAGCAUUUUGUCGGAAAUCGCCAAAAUUUUCGAUCCGAUAGGAUUGUUAGGACCGAUCAUCCUAUAUGCUAAGAAAUUGAUGCAAGAUAUAUGGCGAUGCGAUUUACAAUGGGACGAAUCCGUGCCUCAAGAUAUAUAUACCGAAUGGACAACGUUUACUCGACAGCUCGGAUCGAUGGAUCGAGUGUCAUUUGACCGUAGACUAUUAAUAGAUGACCAUUGUGACGUACAAAUUCACGGGUUCUGCGAUGCAAGUAACGUCGGCUACGGCGCGUGUUUAUACGUACGUUCCCGCGGAAGAAACGAAGACACGCUCGUUAGAUUAUUAUGCGCGAAAUCUCGAGUCGCUCCCUUAAAAACCAUCACCAUUCCCCGGCUCGAACUCGGCGGUGCUCUGUUACUAGCGCGCUUGUAUCACGAGACACGUAGCGCUUUGAAGAUAAUUCCCAAUAAAACGACCUUUUGGUGCGAUUCAACCAUCGUACUGCAUUGGUUAAAAACGUCACCACAUCUCCUUAAAACAUUCAUCGCGAAUCGAGUCACGGAAAUACGGGAAAUUACCAAUGCACAGGUUUGGCGACAUGUCGGAUCAGAUGACAAUCCGGCGGACGCACUAUCCAGGGGUCAAUUACCCCAUGCAUUUUUGCGAAAUUCUACGUGGGCCGUGGGCCCUUCGUGGUUGAGCAAGAAUGAGGAUGAGUGGCCGAACGAAGUCAUAACGAGAAUUGACAUACCGGAAUUAAAGCAAAACGCGUGCUUAAUGUCGAUGAGCAACGAUUUUAAUAUUUGGGAAAGGUAUUCGUCACACUCCAAAUUAAUUAGAGUCAUCGCAUAUUGCCUCCGUUUUCGACCUUGCAACAAACAAACCGGACCACUAGACGCCAACGAAAUUAAAAACGCGGAAACGCGAAUCUUAAAAAUAGUUCAGGCCAAUCAGUUUCACGACGUAAUUAAAAUUCUACAAACUAAGGGCUCCGCGAAUCAAAGUAAGAUCGCCAAUCUAAAUCCAUUCCUGGAUGACGAUGGAUUGCUUCGAGUAGGGGGACGGUUACAAAGGGCAAAUCUAACAUUCUCUCAAAAACAUCCGAUCUUACUCCCAAGCCGACACCAAUUAACCGAUAACAUCAUUCGCGAAACUCACCAGAAAUACCAUCAUACGGGUAUUCAAACCACCCUGUAUCUUAUGCGACAAAGAUUCUGGUUGAUCGACGGUCGUAAUCAAGUUUGA